ACAGUUCAGGGAUGUCAUAACUGCAGCAAGUUAAAUGUGUCAGGCAUUGACAAGCUUCUGAAACUUCCACUUGUUCUGAAUGAAGUUCAGUAUUGUUGACAUACUGGAUAUUGAUGGGGAUGGGUCAGUAAAAUCCUGGAAUAUCGUUUGUUCCCUUAGGCAAAGGGAGGUUACUAGACGGUAAGUUUCACUUUCCUGGAAAUGACUCUGUCUCUGAGAAACAGAAACUUUACAGGAAGAAUAAAAGGAGAAGCCUGCAAUAAACAAAUUCAUUGUCAGGGAAGCAGAGCGCGUUAUUCUCAGGACUAAUACACAACCCACAACGGAAUAUUGCAUUCACAGCACUGGAUUAAAGAACUUUAUUUUACCAUGGAUAAACAUCUGCUACAAAGUGAGAGGCUGUUUGAAUAAUCUGGACCAAGUGUGGGAUGGCUGAGAGAGAACCCACAAUGGAGGACUCUGAUUCAACUGAUGAGGAGGAGUUCUAUGAUGUUCCUGAUUCCUUGGAUGAGCCAAACAGGAAAGAAGAGGAAAACCCUCCACCAACACCACAGUCUGAAUAUGUUCCUCCUCCAGGAGAAAUUACAAUUCUCAGUAUUGGCCAGGAGAGUGUUUCUCUUGGUUUUUCACUCUCUCAUAACUCUGUUGGGUAUACACUGCAAUUAGAUUACUCGUGUGCCACACACAGUGGCAGUUUAAUCACAAAGGACUCAAACACUGUGAAGGUUGAGGGACUGAAUCCUGGCACUGAGUAUACUUUCAGCAUCAUAAGGACUGCGGAUAAUGGAAAUCAAAGCAAAGCAACUUCACUAUCUGUGACCACAGAGCCCAGCCCUCCUGUGCAGAUUUCAGUCGAUGAGAUCAGCAGUGAGUCACUGUCUCUGAGUUGGGACACCCCUGCUGGUGAAGUGAAGAGUUACAUUGUGACUUGUUGCAGCGAGGGAGACAUUGUGCAAGAGUUGGCAACAGACACAAACAAGCUGACUCUCAGCAACCUGAUGCCAGGGGAGUGUUACUCUCUUCAGGUUUCUGCACAACUUCAAAAUGGAAGAAUAAGCAAGCCAGCUGUAACAUCUGCCCACACAAAGACACACCUAGAGAUGUUAUUGGAGGAUCUGGGGUUGGAGCAACACUACAAGGAAAAGCUACCACUGAGCACAGUCCUUCAGAUUGACCAGAAGACCAUUACUGAUGAACCUGCCAAGUGUAAUUCUGAUCUUCCAUGGUAUUUUCUGAAGAAACUCAUGAUGGUUAAUGUGACAGCUAGGGAUGUGAAAUGCACAUCAGUAUGUGGGUCAAACUGUGGUGAUACAGCAGGAAAUACAGAGUUAGAUAUUGAUAAUCUGUUUGAUAGUCAAAACUCAGAUGACAUGCUAAACCCCCUUGACAUAAUCACUGCUCUCUUUCUGUGCUCUGAUGGUUUUGUGCAGCAGGAAAUGGCACUCAAAAUGUCUAUGUGUCAGUUUUCUGUGCCACUGUUGCUUCCAAAUUGUGACACAAAGCAGUGCACACUCAUGCUUUGGGCCAUGAGAGACAUUGUUAAAAAGUACAGACCUCAGUCACUUUCAGAAUCCAAGGGCUUCAUUGAACAAAGAAUUGUUCUUUCUGAACUUCCAAUGAUAUCUUUUGUGAGACUGGGCAGGUGCUCUUUGUCCAAGUCAGAGAUCCUCAACAAGCUUCUGAGCAAUUCUCAGCAGUACCAUGACACGUUUGUUCACCAUAAUAUGAAGUGUGGUGAUAGUCCAAGGAGAAUAUCCAAUGGACUGGCUGAAAUCACUUGGUACCUUCCUUGUGGUAACAAAAACAUGGAUGUCUUCAGUGAGCCAGUAGCUAUAGCUAACCUUCGUGGGGACAUUGCCUCAUUUGAGACACAAUUUUCUUUUUUGUGUCAGACAUCAGCAGCAGUUUUUGUGUUCUUUGACAAUUUGGACUCUGAAUGCAAGGUGCUUACCAACCAACACCACAAGGCACAGAUGUUCUUGGUGGGUAACCAACAAAGCAAUCCCUCCAGUAAAGAUGUUCUAAAAAAGGUAGCAACCAAGUUGACCUUAAAUAACAGCAACAUUCUUUUGAAGCCUAAGCACAUGAAUGAUGCAGACUUCAUCCUGAAUUUGAGGAAAACAGUCAGCAAUGUAGUUGAGAACUCAAAGAUGAAGAUGAGAAUUGAGCAGAUGGCUGACAUUGCUCAUGAACUGGGAAUCUGGGUUGAUGAAGACUCUUCAGAGUGCCAGGAUGCCAAGAAAAAUGCAGAUGCCAUCACUGCAGAGAUUCACGACAUCCUUAACUACAAAGAAGAUCAGCUACCCUUGCAAGGCCAAAUAUGGAAGGAACUGACUUGUUUGGAGAAGGAAGAAUUUCGGCUUCGAAAUGCUGGGUCUCAGGACAUAGAAAAGUACAAAAGUGAUCUGCAGGUACAGAAAACAGAACUUCGGAAAAAGCAGAACUCUUGUGACAUGUCAAAUGCAAUGACAUGUUUCAUCAAUGCAAUAUCAAGUCCAGGGUUAGAGAGGUGCUAUUUCCUGAAGUGGAUGCGAAUGAAUCUUGAUAACGUCUCUCGUGAAAAACUGUCUGGCCUCAGGGAGCAGUACAAAGAAAAAUGCAAAAAUUCAGAGAACAAAGAGGAGAUCAAAGACAUUGACAGACAACUUUCCAACAGCUCACUGGGGACUGAACACUUCUUCCGUGAAAUGGGUCAGAUCUAUGAAGCUUCACUUUCUCUUCCAGAAACAGAUCCAUCACGUCAACAAUUACAACAGCUGCCCAAACUAUGUGCAGAAUUGUUGCUUGAUGGAUUUCCAGUUGAGCUUGUGGAUGGAGAUGCAUCCAACAUACCUCUCAGAUGGGUGAGUGAUGUUCUCUCUCAGCUCAAUGACUUGGUGUCUCCUAAGAGUAAGAUACUAGUGGUCACAGUUCUUGGAGUUCAGAGCACAGGAAAGUCUACUCUCCUCAACACCAUGUUUGGAGUGCAGUUUGCAGUCAGCAGUGGCCGAUGCACUCGAGGUGCCUUUAUGUUGCUCAUCAGAAUCGAUGAAGAUGUCAGAAAAGAACUCAACUGUGACUUCAUGGUGAUCAUUGACACUGAGGGCUUAAAGUCACCAGAGCUUGCACAGCUGGACAAUAGCCAUGAGCACGACAAUGAGCUUGCAACACUUGUUGUUGGGCUGAGUGAUAUCACCAUCAUCAAUAUUGCAAUGGAGAACUCCACAGAAAUGAAGGACAUCCUACAGAUAGUUGUGCAUGCCUUCCUCAGGAUGACAGAGGUGGGCAAGAAACCCAAAUGUCAGUUUGUUCACCAGAACGUGUCAGAUGUUUCGGCUCAUGAGAAGAACUUACGAGACAGGAAAUUACUCUUGCAACAGUUGAAUGAGAUGACCCAGGCAGCAGCCAAAAUGGAAAAGAAAGAGGAGAACAAGAGCUUCACUGAUGUGAUGGAGUACAGUCCAGACACUGGGAACUGGUACAUCCCUGGACUCUGGAAUGGAAACCCACCAAUGGCACCAGUCAAUGCAGGGUACAGCGAAGCUGUGUAUGAGCUCAAGAAAAAUAUCAUCCAAAUUUUGGGAAGUUGUGCAUCAUCUGCCAAUAAUAUCUCAGAGUUUACAGAAUGGAUGAAAAGCCUGUGGACUGCUGUAAAGCACGAAAACUUCAUCUUCAGCUUCAGGAACAGCCUGGUGGCUGAUGCAUACAUGAGGCUCUGCACAGAAUUCAACAAAUGGGAAUGGGAAUUUAGAAAGUACAUGUACACUUGGGUUACACACGCAGAAACAAGAAUUUCGAACUAUGGCACAUUUGCUGUAAAAUCCGAAAUGUCUGACAUGAGAGAACUUCUGACACAUUUGAAAAGUGAAGCUAUCACUGAGCUGUCUAAAUGGGAGACAAAGAUGCUUGACAAUCUGACACAGUACUUCAAGCAAACGGAGGGUCACGUCUAUCUAGUGGAAGCAUACAGGGAGGACUUUGUAAACAAUGCCAAGAGCCUUCGACGAGAAAUGCAGAACUCAGUGUUCAAUCAACUUACAGCAGCAGCCGACAUCAGACAGGGAAUGACAGAACUUGAUAGAAUCAAGGAGAACCACACAAAAGAAUUGGAAGGGAGAGUGCGUGCAUUGAUUGACAAAUGUCGGGAAAAAAAAUGUGAGAUGACUGGUCAAGAGCUAGACAAAGAAUUUGAUCGGAUGUGGAAGGAAAUGUUGAGGGAACUCCACUUUAAGAAGCAAGAGCCCAAAAAUAUCAUUGCGAAGGUGGACCACUACCUGAGAGACAAUCUGGCACGUAAGGGGAGUCAUGUUUGUGGACUAUUAAGUGAGAAAAGCCUGAAAGAUUGUGGAGUGAAGCCUUUCACAUAUACAGUGGAAGGAUUUUACAAGCAGUUGAAACACAAGGUCAGCAGGUUCUUCAACAUUGAAGAUCAUGUCAUGGCUGUACAAAAGAUUGCUGACAGCAUCAUAAUGACUUGCACACAGUUAGUGACUGAAAAAAUCGAGAGAAAGAACAAUUACCAUGACACUUACAUCCAGGAGAUCCUACACGCGAUUGAUGAAAAGCUGCAAAUCCAUCAGGAGGUCGACACAAAGAUAGAGUUUGAAGUUUUUCUGAAACAGCACAUCUGUGGAUUUGCAGCCAGAGAGUUUCAGAAAAUGCAUGAAGAUUUCAUACAAGUGAAUGAUCCAUACAGAUGUCUGGAUCAAAACAAAGAAAAGUUUCGUGCUGAUUUCAAAGAUGUGUUCAAUAAACGAGACCAGUGCCAGAAGAAGGCAGAAGAGUUCACAGAGCGCUGCUUGAGGCCUGCAGUCGAAGUCUUUGUCAAUCGUUCUUUGGGUCCUGAUAUCAUUGGUGAAAUGCUGACAAGUGACCAGUUCAGCACAAGAAUGUAUCUCCAGUAUUCAAUCCUGCUGGAUUUGCUUUCAAGGGAUGACUUUGAAAACUAUCAGAGCUAUAUUCUCUCUCAUGAGGAGUUCGUAAAGAAGUGGAUCCAUGACCAAAUAGUGGAACGUUUCUCAAAGGGGUCUACAACGUUAAAGUUUGAGGAUCAACAUAUUGAGUCAACCAUCAACAGCAUAAAUGGUGCUAUUAACAAAGCUAAAGGAAAGAGUGGCAACUUCAAGACAUUUGUAAAGGGUAUCUGUCAGGAACUAGGAGAUAAACUGGUCCUUUCCCAGGGUGCUCUUGGUGCUUUCAUGAUCCUGAACGAUUCCGACCUGGAACAGUUUGCUCACUGGCUCACUGAGUGUGUGAAGGACAUGCCACAAGGUCUGAGACAGAAGUUUAAAGUAACAAACAUCCAAACGAAACUAAACAGUCUUCAUGUGAAGCCUCAGAGCGUGCUUUUCAGUAGACUGAUUGGGUGUGGUAAACAGUGUCCAUUCUGCAAAGCGCCUUGUGAUGCAGGAGAAAAAGUUCACACUGAGCACUGGACGUCAUUACACCGACCAGAAGGUCUGGGUAGAUACAGGUGGGAUCGGACAAAAAAACUUAUGACUGACAUAUGCUCCUCCCUUGUGACCAGUGACGCCCACUUUUGCUGCAUUGCAACAAACUUUGAUUGGCACCCCUACAAACAAUACAGAGAAAUAUUCCCAGAAUGGAAAAUUGCUCCAGACGUAAGCCUUCAGGCAUCAGACUACUGGAAAUAUGUGAUGGCAAAAUUCAAUACUAAGUUUGCUGAAGCAUACGAUGCAAAGCCUGCUCAUAUUCCUGCAAGUUGGAAGGCUAUUACACCUAAACAAGCAGAAGCAAGCCUCAAAGAGUCCUUUCACAUCCAGUAAGAGACUACAGACUGUGGUUAGAAGUGCUCAUCCUCCUGAUAUACUCUCUUUAGCCUCCAUGGUCAUUUUGAUCUUCCUUGUUUUGUAUGAUAUAUAAGAGAAGCACAAACAUGCUGUAUAUACAAUGACAAAAGUGGAGAAACUAUGAGUCGAGCUUGAAAAGGAGGACACAAGAGAAGAUCACUCUUUUUGAUAGCUUGACUCAAUAUACAUUAACUAUAACAUGCGAUGGUAAUCGAAAGUUGAAACAACACUUACAUUCCAUUGAAACUGUCCUAUUAUGACAAUACAACAUAAAGACUAAGUAUCAUGCGAUUGUUGACUGGUCUAUUUGAUUAUUUUUCUGUGAUGAACCUGAUGCAAAACAUUUAUAUUUUCUCUCCAUUUGGGUAUAAUAUGGGAUUUUCUUGAUUUUUAAUAUCUGUUUUUCUUUCAGUUCUGUUCCAAAUAUUUCAAUUUAGUUGAAUUUACUUAAAAUUUAGAAUGUUUGUUUUUUUGUUUCAUAUAAAAAUGCCACGUUAUUCAUAUAUACAUGAGAGAAAAUGUGAUAAGCUUGAUGCAAAAUAUCGACUUUGAUUCAGCACCAUUCAGACUUGAUGUGGUAUUGUCAAAACAGUACAAAACUUUUUUUCCUUUUUGUUUAUUGAAAAUUAGGAAUGUAUUUUUUUGUUGUUUCUGUGACUUUCAGAUGCAAAAUGUUAACAUUUUCAGUGUAUUAAGAAAUGAUUCAGUCUAAAUGUUAACAUAUAUGUUAUACAUGACAAAAUAAACGUUUCUUAUCUAAUGAGGAUCAUUUGCCAUUUCUUGACUCAAAAUCUGUAAUUUCAGUUUUUCUUUCAAUUCCAAUUCCAAAUAUUUACAUUUUUAACUUCAUGUUAUUACCUGACAAGGUUUGCUCUGUUUAAAUGAUAUAUGUGGCCUUUAUAGUUUCAAAUCUCUCUCUAUUUUUAAGUAUCUGAUGCAAAACAUUUCCUUUUUAUAAUACUCAGAAUUAAGAAUAUCUUGAUUUUUGUUUGUUUAAUGCAUCUAUUUCCAAAUAUUACAUAUAUAUUUUAAAGGAAUUAAAAAUAUCUUUCAUUCAAUGUGUAGUACUGUCAACAUGUAUACAUUCAUACUUGUGUGAACUCAUUCAAUAAAGAGACAAA